AAAAAAUGAACUUGAAAGCUUUCUUAAACUAUCUUCAAAACAAGUUAACUUUUGUUAAUUAUUGCAAUAAAUAAUAGAGAACUUGGAGCACAUAAUCAUGCCUAUAUGCUUGUACAUUACUCAACUAUGCUCAAACCGAGAAUUUAGUUGAAUUGCACUCUCUCAUUCAACCUUGCAAUUGCAAGCAACAAGCUUUCUUCCCCUAAGAUCAUGGAGCAUUUCACGAAAAACUUUAGUUUAAAUUCCACACAAAUUUCGUUAAUUGUCACACACACUUCAAUUAUCAAGUAGCUUCCUAUAGCAAUAUAAUUUACCAUCUCUUAACUUGAGUUUGAGAGAGAAUUAAUAUGGCCAACACAAUCCUAAAGCUCACAAUAAUUCUCUCGUUACUCAUCUCUCUAUCCUUGUUUGUUUCAUCCAAUGAUGAUGAUAAAAAUCAUCAUGAAAUUGAAGAUGAAGAUGAAGAGGAGCAAGAUUUCUAUGUUCUUGACACACAUCAUGGAUCAAGAAGUAGAUUCUUGGCAAGCAUAAUAAAGAAAGGAAGACAAUGUAACCGUGAGACGAAUAAUAUAUGCAAUGGAGUUCGAGCAAACAAGGGAAAUGAUUUGCUUUUUUGUUGCAAGAAACAUUGUCGUAAUGUUUUGAGUGACAAGAACAAUUGUAAUGUUUGUGGCAACAAAUGCAAGCAAGGAGAAAGAUGUUGCAAUGGAGUUUGUACCAAUGUUUUGUCAAAUGUUCGUCAUUGUGGCAAGUGUAAGAAGGAGUGUUCAAAUGGUGAUCCUUGUGGAAAUGGGUUUUGUGGGUAUGCAUAAAAUGAAGUUAAUUCAUUAUUUCAAACUAUAUACUAUAUAUAUUACUAUAUAUGUUUCAAUUUUGAGAUAUAAAUGUAUGAGAAUGAUAGUGACACAUAUAGCAUACACUAUUGGUUUGUGAAAAUGUAAUUUGUUUUUUAGUGUUAUCAAUACCAUAUUAUAUAUAUGUGGUCAAAUAAAGGUUUAUUUAUGAAGAUCACUAACCAUAUGGAAAGCCAAGUAUGUAGCUCGCCAUCUAUGUCCUGUGAUAUUAUUUGGGAAAGUUUAUGGAAUCAGUUUAUGAAAUGUUUAUAA